AUGUUGCAAGCAAUGGAUCCGGAUUAUUACCUUGAAGAAGAUACAAUACUGUUGGACUUUGGCGAUGAGAAAAAGGAACAAAAAAAGCCGAUUCCUGGUAAAGCGAUACUAAUUGACAAUAAGGUUGUUGAGGAAAAGCCUUUUAUGACCAAUGACGAAUUACCAGAAGCUGACCUUUAUUUCGGUGGAGAAAAAGAAACAGAAAGUGAACACGAUUUACGAAUGAUCCGAGUGAGUCAACGAGAAGAAAUGUCAAGAUUGGGUAUGACGGUAUCUUCAGGUCAUGUCAUCAUUAAAAAAGAUAAUUCCAAUAUGAUUGGAAUAUCAAUUGGGGGUGGUGGACCUUACUGUCCAUGUCUUUACAUUGUUCAAGUAUUCGACAACACACCGGUAUCGCGUGAAGGAACUUUACAAUCUGGUGAUGAACUUCUUGGUGUCAAUGGAUCGAGUGUUAAAGGAAAAACUAAAGUUGAAGUCGCAAAGAUGAUUCAGUCAGCUGAAAAUGAAGUUACAAUUCAUUACAACAAACUCCAUGCUGAUAACGUUCAAGGUGAAUCUUUGGAUAUUGCAUUGAAGAAGAUUAAACACCGAUUAGUCGAGAAUAUGAGUUCAAAAACUGCUGAUGCAUUAGGAUUGAGUCGCGCAAUUCUUUGCAAUGAUUCAUUGGUGAAACGAUUGAAAGAACUUGAAGGAACUGAAAUCAUGUAUCGCGGUCUUGUUGAUCAUUGCAAACGAGUUUUGAAAGCUUAUUUUAAUGUCUUUCAAAUCAUGCACGUAUUUGGAACUGAAUUUUGUACAAUGUCGAUCCGUGAGCCUCAACCAACUGCAAGUGAAGCUUACAGAGCUUUUGGUGAAAUGCACAGAGGCCUGGAAAAGGAAGGAAUUCUGAUGAUAAAAGCAUUGAAACCAGUGAUUGCUAACUUUGGCACGUACCUCAACAAAGCCAUUCCAGAUACAAAGUUGACAGUCAGAAAAUCCGCCGACAGUAAAUUUGCUUAUCUUUCUUAUUGCCUAAAAGUGAAAGAAAUGGACGAUGAAGAGCAAAGUUACUCAUCAAUUCAAGAACCUCUUUACAGAGUUGAAACAGGAAAUUACGAAUAUCGAUUAAUUCUUCGAUGUCGACAAGAAGCACGAGCAAAGUUUGCAAAAUUGCGUAAUGAUGUUCUUGAGAAAAUUGAACUUCUUGAAGCAAAACACGCUCAAAGUCUUGCUGAUAAUCUGAAAAAGCUCUUAGAAGGUUUGGCAAAAUUCACACAAGAUGCAGUUACAAAGUUUGAAACAACGAAAGGCCUUUUCCCGAUUGAAGUUGAUUUAAAGUCAGAUGCAUUUACAUACAAGUCACAAAAUACUUUCAGCAGUGAUGGAACGGAAGAAGUUGAAGAAGUUGUGCAAGCAGAAGAAGCCAAGGAAACAAAACCUGCGCAACCAUCUGAAGAUUUACUUUCCAAUGGAUCAUUUCUCGAUCAAGAUUUACUAAAUUUAUUGUCAUCAACUGAUCUGCAACCAAAAGACCCAACAAAAACUAAUCAAACUUCUGUUCAAUUGUUAACGAAUGAACUUGCUUCAAUAUCAGCUCCGCUUCUCCCUGACAUCAACAACACCAAAGCCAAUCAAUCUGACACGACAAAAGAUUUACUCUCUGAACUUGGUUUGGAUGAAAUUGAUUUAAAUGUAACUGCAGUCAAAGAUCAACCGAAAAUUUUAUGCUCGAUUGAUGAUUUAUUGAAUUA